AUGGACGUGUCAUGGGCCAGUGUGGCGCCGCGGUUGCAGAAGCCGUACAGGUCUGUCGUUGGAAGCGUCGAGGAGCUCUCCACGAACCCUCAGACCCAGAACCUGGUUCGCGACCAAUUCGAGACCGUCUUCUUCUCCCAGGUCAACUUCAUCAAGGCCGCUCUACCGCUCCUACGUUCUCAGCACACGGGACACAUCAUCAUUCUCUCCAGCACGGGCGGUCACAUAGGAACGCCGGGAAUGCCCAUCUACACCUCCGCAAUCUGGGCCCUCGAGGGCUUCUGCGACUCCUUGGCCUACGAAAUCGCCCCCUUCAACAUCAAGGUCACCAUCGUGCAGCCGAACAAGGAAAUCCAGUCCUUGACGAACAAGAUCAUAUUUGCCCCCAAUCUGCCCUACUACGAUUCCGAGAUCAACCCCGCCCCGAGCAUCCGAGACAUGCUUGGCAACGUGCUCAACAUGAACCCUGACACUGCCAUGGAGCAGUCUGAUACGGAGGUCAUUGUGAGAUACCCAAAGCUGCCGCCGAGCGCGACGGAUCGUCUCGUGAUGGAAACUGUGCACGCUUUGACGGCCAUCGGAGGCCAUGAGAACCCGCCGGCGAGGCACAUUGUAGGAUUCGAAGGCAGCAUCGCCGUCAAAGAAAAGUUGAAGACGGUGACCGAGGAGCUGGAGGACUUUGUGGACGCUAGCCUUGCGGUGGACAUUUUCGAUAGCGAGCUCAAGGCGGAGGCGAAGGAGGGAAAGACACAGGAGUCGACACCACCCGCACCGGCAUCGACAGCUUCAGGAUAG